CACGUGAUGUUUGGGUGCCGGCGGCACGGCGCGGGCGCGCGGCGGCAGAGAAGCCACUGAGACAACAAGCUUUUGGUCUGUUGUGCCUCUGCUGCCUUGUGCCAAACCAGUGGCUCCACAUCGCGAGGGAAUAGAAGUGUGGUGCAUGUGAUUUCUGGCAGUAUCUGGACUUGGCACAGCAGUGGUCUGUAAGAGUCAGCUGAGAGACUGUGCCUGGAAGCUGUCCCCAAAAUGAGCCAUACCCCAUCAUGGUUUAAAAUACAAUCCUGCAUCCACUGCUGUCUAGAAAAUGUCUUAUGGAUCCAUUGAUGGGAGUGGAUUUGGGAGGAACCCAUUUGGAGGCCCUUCGAGACAAGGCUAUCAACCUCUCGCCACCCAGAUUGAUCCCAGUGAACUACAGGAACUUUUUCAGGAGACUUCAGCCAAUGUCUUCCGAAUUAACUCCAGUGUGACUUCUCUGGAAAGAAGUCUUCGAUCUCUGGGGACCUCCAAUGAUAAUCAAGAACUUCAGGACGGACUGCACGCAACCCAGCAAGAGACUAACAAAACCAUCACGACUAGCACCAAAGCCAUCAAGCAGCUGUCUGAGGUUGUCAGAGGCUCAUCCAGGCAAGAACGACUUCAGCUGGAUAGGCUGAAGAACCAGCUGUCUGAUGCUAUCCAAAGAUACGGAGCUGUGCAGAAGAAAAUAGCAGAGAAAUCCAAAGCUUUGCUUCCCACUGGGCAGAGAAGUAGCAAACAACAGAGCCCUAGGACUCCCUUCUCUGACCUAGCUGACGAUGAGAAGAUCUUUAAUGGAGGAGAUGGCACGUGGCAAAACCAAAGUCAGGAUCAAGCCUUGCUCUCGGAAAUCACAGAGGAGGAUCUGGAGGCCAUCCGUCAGCGGGAGGAGGCCAUUCAGCAGAUUGAGAGUGACAUGCUGGAUGUGAACCAGAUCAUUAAAGACCUGGCCUCCAUGGUGCAUGAGCAAGGAGACACAAUAGACAGUAUUGAAGCCAACAUUGAGACUGCAUCUUCUAAUGUAGAAUCAGCCAAUGAGCAGUUGGCAAAAGCAAGUCAGCACCAAACCCAAAGAAAACAUUUUGGUGUGAAUAACUGUAAAGCAAAUGGAGAACUAAGUGGAUGGAGGAGUUCCCUGGCACUUCCAGGCACUUGUCUACGAGCCAGGAAGAUGAAGUGCUGCCUCCUCUCUGCUGCUGUGGCCGUUCUGCUGUUCGUCGUCAUAAUCAUUGCAGUCUCAGUCAAACGUUGAUCUGAUGACUGUUUCCACAGAGUCUGUGAUCACCCCAUGAAGUGGAAUGGAUUCUCAAGGCAUUUCACAUUCAUUCCCUAUGUCAGUGUCUGCUUUGCUGAUCACGGUGUGUUGAAACUGCUAUAACCAACAAACGCUAAUUGUAUGGAAGAAAAGCUAAGUUUAAUGCCAUGUAUCAGUAUAAUUGUGAAUAAGUUUUCCUGCUUUUUUUUUUUCUUAACCCCUAGUUGAAAACAUGUUUUACCCAGCGUUUUGGAUUUUAAUUGUGCCACCUUUGUAUCUGGAGAAUGUUAUUUUUUUGCCUCCAGAUCUGAUGUUCUGUGCGUUGCAACAUACAUAGCUGAGAAUUUAUUUUUAUUGUUUGCGUUUUUAACAUUCUCCUGACUUCUAGCUCUGCUCAUUAUAAACUAUGAAAGUCAAUGUGCUUUGUUUGACUCUUCUGUGAUUAUUUUUGUAUAUUUUAAAUAGAAUCCAGCUCAGAUUCUCAUUUCUGUGCACUGCUGCUUUAUAAUUUGCUCUGGCAAAUAUGAGCUAAAUUAUUUCAAAAUUACAUGAGUAAAUUACAAACAAUCAGCAAGAUACUUAUUGGAUUCUAUGACUGUAUACUUAUUUGAUACCACUGUAAGCAUAGAACAUAUUUAUUUAUUUAUAAGAAACACUAGUGAAAGAGCAAGACAAACAUUAAGACAUACUGUGAUCUCUUCUUUGAAAAUGAUCUGUAAUGUGUUAAAAAAGUCAAGCAAUGCAUUUCAUGAAAAAUAUAAAAUUCUGUAUUUGAUUUGAUCUCAUAGGUUUCAACACAUUCACCAUUUGGGAUUUUGUUCCAUUUUCAUGCACAAUAUAUUCUGCUGAAAACAUGAUUGAAAAUGCCAUUUAAAUUCAUCUUUAAAUGUGUCAUGUAUUAUAAAUGCAGUUCUCCUCCAGUAAAUAAAGCAUUUCAAAAGUGGUUUUAAUUAAAAUGUCAUAGGAAGUAUUGAAGAGAUUUUCACAAAAUGAUAUGGUUUUUUAUUCUUCAUGAAAAGUCACAUCUUUUACCAAAGCAGUGUCUCACCAUAAAAUACAAUACAGCAAAAUACAUUAUAAUAAAAUAAGCUAGCUCUCAAUGAAA